AUGGGUUGUACUUGUAUAGCUGUCGACAACAGCCCAGAUGCUGCCACGUGUUUCUUCUGCCUCAAGGAGUUGGAGGGCUGGGAGCCGGACGAUGACCCACAGAAAGAGCACAAAUCGCAUUCACCCUCGUGUCACUUCUUGGCCCUGAAGAAGAAAGUAGAGGAGCUGCCUUUGAACGAGUUCUUGAAGCUCUACCAGGCGAGGCACAAGCGCCUCAUCAGCAAAAACUGUAACGAGGCCGUCGACAAGUUUGAGGUGGCUGCAAGAUUGGUGAAAUCGGAAAUUCUCAAGAUGGAAAUGGGCAAAUAAGACAUUGGGUGUGUAUGUAAAUAUGUACAGCAUUUGUUUUGUGUUAGCUAUACUUUGCCGUUUUUAUUCGUAAAUUGUGGACGGUAUUUUUUAUUUUACUUAUACAUUGUACCUUUCAGUUUAAGGUUUACUUAGUGCGGUCUCAGUGCAUGUUUUUUUUACCAUAUUUGAUUACCCAUAUAAGUUUUCAUGUAGGGACGGCGUGGCGCAGUGGAAGAGUCGCCGUGCACAACCCGAGGGUCCCUGGUUCAAUUCCCACCUAGUACCAACUUCGUCACGUCCGUUGUGUCCUAAACAAGACACUUCACCCUUGCUCCUGAUGGGUCCUGGUUGGCGCCUUGCAUGGCAGCUCCCUCCAUCAGUGUGUGAAUGUGUGUGUGAAUGGGUAUGUGGAAGUAGUGUCGGAAAUCACAUUUUGGUCAUCAUGUAUUAUAAUGAGUAUCAUUUUAACUGCAUCAAUUGAAUAAAUUAAAUGUAUCAACAGUUCCCCUUUAAGCAGCAGGACAAGGCUGUUUUAGCAGCAUUGGAAUGAAUGCAGCUCCUCUGCUCACUGCAUGAGGCUGAACACAGUUACAUUAAAUAAACCUCUUUUACACAAAACAAAAA